AUGAAGUUGUUCUGCAAACGCCAUUGCAGCUCUCUCACACCUCUGAAAAGCAAUUACAAGAAACACCCAUCUGCCAAAGUGUCCCAAAUCCUCCAACUGUGCAAAGCCGGCUCGCUUUCAGGUGCUCUACGAGUCCUGAACUCCGUAGACUUCUCUGCUGAUAAAAUCUCCAUUAAACCAAUCUUAUAUGCUUCCUUGUUGCAAACAUGCAUCAAAGCGCUUUCGUUUAAUCACGGUCUCCAAAUCCACUGCCAUAUAAUUAAAUCAGGUCUCGUCACUGACCGGUUUGUUGGGAAUAGCUUACUUGCCGUUUACUUCAAAUUGGGUGCGGACUUUUUGGAGACUCGGAGAGUGUUUGAUGGCCUUAUUGUGAAGGAUGUUAUUUCUUGGACUUCGAUGGUAUCGGGGUAUGUUCAACUGGGAAAGCCUCGGGACUCGCUGGAGCUGUUCUGGGAAAUGUUGGAUUUUGGGGUUGAACCAAACGGUUUCACUCUGUCUGCAUCGAUCAAAGCAUGCUCGCAGCUUGGAGAAGUAAAGCUUGGUCAGUGCUUUCAUGGGGCAGUUUUGAGGCGUGGGUUCGAUUCAAAUGGUGUUAUUUCUAGUGCUUUAAUAGAUAUGUAUGGGAGGAAUCGUUGCUUGAAAGAUGCACGCCGAUUGUUUGAUGAAUUGCUUGAACCAGAUGUGAUAUGUUGGACAUCAGUUAUUUCAGCGCAUACGAGGAACGAUUUGUAUGCAGAAGCUUUGGGAUUCUUUUAUUUGAUGCAGAGAACUUAUGGAUUGUCCCCUGAUGGGUUCACAUUUGGGACAAUCUUGACAGCCUGCGGGAACUUGGGGAGACUGAAGCAAGGUAAAGAAGUGCAUGCAAAAAUCAUUGUAACAGGAAUUUGUGGAAAUGUGGUUGUUGAGAGCAGCCUUGUAGAUAUGUAUGGAAAAUGUGGGUUGGUUUAUGAAGCUCAAUGUGUUUUCGAUAGAAUGCCGAAAAAAAAUUCAGUUUCUUGGUGUGCAUUGCUGGGGGGUUACUGUCAAAAUGGUGAUUUUGCCUCUGUUAUAAAGCUUUUCAGGAAAAUGGAUAAGGGUGAUCUAUACAGCUUUGGGACUGUUCUACGUGCCUGUGCAGGUUUGGCAGCUGUUGGACAAGGAAAAGAGGUUCAUUGCCAGUAUCUUAGGCAGGGUAGCUGGAGAGAUAUCAUUGUAGAAUCUGCUUUAGUUGAUCUUUAUGCAAAAUGUGGUUGCAUUGAUUUUGCCCACAGAAUUUUUAUGCAGAUGCCUGUUAAGAAUUUGAUAACUUGGAACUCCAUGAUUUGUGGGUUUGCUCAAAAUGGAAGAGGUGAAGAAGCUUUAAGGAUAUUCGGUGAUAUGGUUAAGGAGGGGACUAAGCCUGAUUAUAUUAGUUUUGUUGGAGUUCUUUUUGCUUGUAGCCACGCUGGUUUGGUCCAUCAAGGGCGAGAAUAUUUUACCUCAAUGACUGAAGAAUACAAAAUUAAAGCUGGAAUUGAGCAUUACAAUUGCAUGGUUGAUCUUCUAGGCCGUGCUGGGCUACUAGAAGAAGCUGAGAAUUUGAUAGAGAAAACUGAUUUUAGAAAUGAUUCAUCACUUUGGGCAGUUCUUCUCGGUGCUUGCACAACCUGUACGAGUUCUGUUACUGCUGAGCACAUUGCAAAGAAAAUGAUGAUAUUGGAGCCUGACUACCAUUUGAGUUACGUUCUUCUGGCAAAUGUGUAUAGAGCAGUUGGUCGAUGGAAUGAUGCUUUAAAGAUUAGGAGGUUAAUGAAAUUCAGAGGAGUUAAGAAAAUGCCUGGUACAAGCUGGAUAGAAACUAAUAAUAGCAUGGGUUUUAAUCAUGGUAUUGGUUAUUUGAAUGUACCUGGAAAUGACAGGUUUGCAGAUAUCGGGGAUUCAGUUGAAUGUGAAAAGGAAUGGGCUUGCAUUAAUGAUCAAACCAUUGUCCAAGGCUGAAGAAUUGCCCAGAACAAUUUUCUGUUAUCUUAUGCUUUACAAAAUCUAUGUCAAAGGACAUGUAUAAGUUAAAAAUGUACAGAAGGCCAUCCCAGGGAUUGUAUCAAGUACCAACUACUGAGUCCAUCUACCCCUGAGUUUCCAUGCAGGAAGAUGCAUGUGAAAUGAAGUCCUGAUCUUCUGGCAAUGACAGGAGCUUCUGACUGAUUUGUGGCAAUGUGAGAAGCUUCUGUUUAUUGAUCUAAUCAAGCUAACUUGUUUGUCAAGAAUAGGUUUUGCCUAAUGAUUCUCCUCUUAAAUAUAUAUGUGUAAAAGAUACGAAAAAGAGCAUCCUCGGGACUGGGCAUCUACUCCUGACUUUCGUGCCUGAAGAUGCAAGUGAAAAUGAAGUCUUAAUCUCCUGGCGAAGAUACACAAAAGGCAUCCUGGGGACUUGGCAUCUGCUCCUGAGUUUCCAUGCUGGAAAAAUGUGUGGGAAAAUGAAGUCCUGAUCUUCUGGCAAUGUGAGAAGCUUCAGACCAGUCAUGUGGCAACAUGAGAAGCUUCUGCUUAUCGAUCUGAGUGGGCUAACUGGUGUCGUCUCAAUCAGUUUUACCCUCUCCAUCUCAUCAUAGGAAACCAUCUACUUUUUCAAUACCAUCCAUCUGGUGUGAUGCCUCAUGGAAGGACUCCAAUCAGGAAGCUUCAGCACGAAUCAUUUGCUGGGACGGCCAUCAGAAACCUAAGCUUAUUUCUGGUCUCAAAGAAGUCAAAAACUCUCCUUACUAGGCAGAAGCGUCGGCAAUCUUGGAAGCAAUGAAGACUGGUCUUGAUUUGAAAUGGACAGAAAUUUCUUUUGUCUCUGAUACGAAAAUAAGUCCUUGAAGAUAUUAUCAACAACAAACAUUCAAGUUGGGGUGCCUGCAGCUUAGUCAUGGAUAAUGAGCCUUUCUUCAUCUUUCAAGGCUUGCCAACUUUUUUUUUUAUGUCAACAGAAGGAUACUGUUUUAGCUCGUUAUGUAGCAAAAUGUGCAGCCUGUGCGCCAACAAAUUUUAAAUUACAAGAACCUUUCAAAGUCCUCCUUUGUAAUGAACUAAUGAUUGUAACUCUCCAUGCCUUUGGGCUUAAUUCUAAUGAAAUUUGAGAGUUUUCUCCUAAAAAAGUACUUCAUUCU